CAUAAAAAGUGUUUUUAUCGGCUUUUCUGUUUUCUCAUUUUUCUUAUAUUUCAGUAAAUCAAUCCAAGUUUUGAUUUCGCUAAUCUGUUGAAGAAGUGCCAUCGAAUUCCUGCAUUUUAGUAGUUUUAAUUCUUCAAGGAAUUUAUAGUUUUAUCCACUAGGUUCAAGAAUUUUGGUGGCGACACGGAUUAGAUUUUCACCAUGGUUAAUGCGCCAGAUUAUGAAAGCGUCAUUAAAAAGUUAGAAAAUGAGGAAUUAAACACAACUGUCGGACCUGUUCCUUGUCCUGUCUACUCAAAAUUACUGGCUUUAUAUGUACAACAAAAUGACCUAUGUAAUGCAAAAUUCUUAUGGAAGAGAAUCCCUGAUAGCGUCAAACAGUCCAACCCAGAGCUAAAAAGUAUAUGGAAUGUAGGUGUUCAAUUAUGGAAUAGAAAUUUUACGGAUGCAUAUGCAGCCUUGAAUGUUGAGUGGUCACCAGAAAUAGCGCCAAUAAUGCAGAAUUUACAACAUGAAAUUCGAGCUAGAGUCAUCAAGGUUGUUUCCUUAGCAUACUCAACUAUGGAUUUAGAGGCUUUUGCCAAAUCACUGAACUAUUCUGUUGAAGAGGCCACUCGAGUGGCGCAAGAACACAAGUGGGAAAUCAUUGACACGCCAUCGGGGAAGAUGGUCUGUCCUGUACGGCCACCGUAUUCAUACGCACAAGUCACGUCCAACGAAGACCAGCUGGCCAAACUAACAGAAUUUGUUUCGUUCCUUGAAAACUAAUCUUGUAAAUGAGGUUCUUUUUUUAUAUGCUAUACAUUUUAAGUGUAUUUAUGUCUUUCUUUCCCUUCCCUUUCUCUUUGUAAAAUAAAUGUGUCGAAUCUUAAUUCCGAAGCGGUUUUAUCUUUCUGUUAAUAAAACAAUCCUACAGAUAAC